AUUAUACAUUCCCCUUUAUCUAGCACUGCGCUUCUGUUUCGGGUUCGGUGUCACUCAUUCAUACACAUCGUUUAUAUCUUCCCACUCUCCAAGAUCCUAGCAUAACGCCCUAUCCAAUGCAGACCAUUACGCAACCCGACGGCACUACCAGGAUUGUCUGGCGGGAGUAUGGCAGCGGUGUACUCGUCGGCAAGAUUGAGGCAGAGUAUAACGACACCGGCAAUACCAGCUGUUUCGCCAGGACUGCGGGGCAGUUUCUCUUGGGACAGUACGACCUCAAGCAGUAUCUUGAUGCAAUUCUCCUGCACUUGAAGGCUGAGGAAGACGGCGGGGUCCAUCAUGCCUUUGACAGGCCGCCUGCCCGAGAAGUAGACCAGGAGAUAGACUUAUUACCCCUCCACCUAGUUGAUAUCUUCGCGGGAGCGGUGAAAGCACGUCUGUGGACUGAGGGCUUUCAGGCGUUUCGCGCCCAGGAAUGGGAUACCCUACGUGGCCUCGCCGGCUUGGCAUGGAUUAUAGAAGACCCUGUGGCGUUCGACCGUCUAAGCGAGGAGCGCAGUCUUGCCUUGUCGGUUCUGUCUGCCGAAGCGGCCGAUGUACUCAUCAUGGUUUGUUAUGUGAAGAGGCACGUUAACCUCUUUAGACACAUCUUGGUACGGGUUCCCGUGCCGACAAAGUCAUCGUUUGAUUGGUUUGAGGCGGCCGUCGUGGAAUCUCGUUCGCAGGAACAGUACUACAUGCAUCAGCAUUCUGCCCGAGGACCUGUCAACGUCGAGCUGGAAGCUUGGCUCUGGACACAGCUCCUCAACGCGGGGUGGAUUCACCAACCCGUGGAAUGGAGCCUUAAAAUGGGCCUUCAGGUACUCGCCCAUCAAGUCAGGCAUCCAGGACCAUGGAUCAUAGACUACGCAUCAACCAACCUCGAUGCGUUCCACGCCGCCCUGGGCGUCAAUAAUCUCCUCCCCGGCCUACGGGCAAUCGGAAACUUCCUGUCCCAUUGUCCUUCUCGGGAGCGCGCAGAGCAGUACUGUACCCGGUUCUCCCCGGCUCAGAUCGCGACUAGCGAGGCAUUUUACCACCAACAUACCGGGGGGCUCCUCGUAACGAUCAUAGAGUCUGACCAUCUCCUCGACGGAUUGCGGGUGGAGUUGAUCAGAAGGGUGCUUGAGGGAAUUCCGGGCUUGGAUCUUCAGGCGGGGGUCCAAAGACCUUGGGCAGAAAUCCGCGAUUAGGGUAUGCCGGCACAGGUGGGAGACUAUUUUAACGCCUUGCAUACGGCCGCUUAGAGAGGCGAUGUCGAUGUUGCUAGGUUGCUCGUGGAGCAUGGUGCUAGAGUCGAAGAACUGGAUCGAGGACCGGGAUUGAGUGCGGCGAGGAUUGCGAGGGCUCGAGGACAUGAGAAUUUUGCCCAGUGGGUUGAGCAACUUAUAUCAGAUAUAGCGUAACCGGAGCCAUUAAAUCGGGUUAUAUUAAAGGGUACUUAAUUAAGACGACUAUGUAUAAUUAUAUUAGAAUAAUCGGGUUAAGGUAUUAUAACUACGCAGGG